CGAUCUGAGUGAGAGGGCUCGGGAUGAGGAGAUGGCUGCAGCACCAGCCCAGGCUCCCUCCCUCCUGUAGCCCAACCUACAGCAGCUGCAUGCUCAGAGUACCAGCGCAACACCGCAUCUCGCGGCGCUUGCCUCCCCAGCUCAUCGGCGGCGGCUGGCGGCAGCCGACGCCCCCCUUGCGGCGCACUCGUGUAGUCGCCAGCAGCGACCGGCAGGUGCCCGCAGCGGCCAGCAGCAACAGCCAAAGCGACGAUGAGCAGCAGGCCAAGCCGGGCCUCUUUGUCAACAUCCUCAAGCCGUUGCGCGACUUUGGCAUCGGCCGCACGAGCAUGGUGCAGGGCAGCGUCGGGCUGUUUGUGUUCUCAGGCAUAGGAUUCGCGCUCAUGCUGAUCGCGUGGGCACGUGGCGGGCAGCUGGGCAGGCGCGGCCAGGGCUACCAGGCAAUCCUGGAGUUCCCUGUGGCGUGUGGCAUCACGGUGGGCACGCCCGUGCGCAUCCGUGGCGUGCCGGUAGGCGGCGUGCUGUCGGUGCAGCCCAGCCUUGAGAAGGUGGAUGUGCUGGUAGAGAUGAAGGACUCCACCACCGUCAUCCCCCGCAACUCGCUCAUCGAGGCCAACCAAAGCGGGCUGAUUGCAGAGCCGCUGAUUGACAUCACGCCGCAGACACCCGUGCCGCAGUAUCAGGCCAACCCACUUGACGAGGACUGCGAGAAAGAGGGGCUGGUCGUGUGCCACCAGGGGCGCAUCCGUGGCGAGCGAGGCGUGGCGCUGGACGACCUGGUCUACCUGUGCACCAAGAUUGCGAGGCAGAUGGACACCCAGGGCGUGGACCGCGUGUUUGAGGCGAUGGAGUCGGCCAGGGCAGCCAUAGAGGAUGCCAAGCCGCUGCUGUCACAAGCGGUCAAGCUGAGCGACGAGAUCCUUCCGCUGCUGACUGAGCUGCGGGCCGGCAAUCUGGUUGGGAACGUGGAGGCCCUGACCCAGGUGGCAGCGGAGGCCGCGGCAGACAUUCAGCGGCUGCAGACCGAGGUGCUCACGGAGAAUAAUGUCAAGGCGCUGCGGGAGAGCGUGCAGACGCUGACCAAGACGUUGCACCACAUUGAGCGCAUCACGGGGGACCUGGGCGGGCUGACGGGCGAUACGCGCGUCACAAACCACCUCAAGCAGCUCAUCGAGGCAUUGAGCCGCAUAGUGGUGGACUGAAUGGGUCUCGUCGCGGUUUAUGGGUACUCCACUCUGCCGGGCCUCCGCUCGCCCUCCUUGUAAAUGAUCGCAAUC